AUGAAGCCGGCUUUCCUGAUUAUUUUCUUUCUUCUGUAUGCCUUUGAUUUUGCAGCAGCAGACCUCGACCCGGUUUACGAUCCCUCACACCGAAAGCUCCAGACAGGGGUGGAGUACUACAUUCAUCCAUUUUUGGGCGGCAGUAAUGGCGGUGGCAUCACGGUAGCUGCUACUAGGAACAAAACAUGCCCGCUUGACGUUGCUCAGGACCGGAGCAACUUUGCGGAUGGCCUAGGCCUGACGUUCCAUCCAGUAAAUAUCAAAAAAGGCAUGAGUGGCCGUGUCAUACGUGUUUCUACUGAUUUGGUGAUUAAAUUUUCAUCUGUCAAGGGCUGCGCCCGAUCAGGAGUCUGGAAGGUGGAUAAGUACGAUGAAUUGAGAAGGCGGUAUUUUGUGACAAUCGGAGGAGCAGAAGGCAGGGGAGCUGGUGAAUCUUUCGUGGUUGGUUUAGGAUUGAAAAAGAGAAAGAUGAUUACAAAUUAG